AGAUCUGGGCGCUGAUAGCGCCAAUAGUAGAGGGGGUUUUGUGAAUAGCGCCUUCAGCCAAAUUCGCGCCAUGUCAAUUCCAGGCAUGGACCAGCUGUCCCAACGGGACCAGAUGCAAGUCGUGCAGGCGCUGAAUGAGAUGCAGAUGCAGGACAUGAUGAACAUGUACAACACCCUAGUGGAGCGAUGCUUCAACGAGUGCGUCACCAGCUUUCGCACCAAGGGCCUGGAAGGUCACGAGGAGCAGUGUGUGACGCGGUGCGUGCAGAAGUUCAUGUCCUUCAGCCAGCGGGUGUCCCUCCGCUUCCAAGAGAAGCAGCAGCAGAUGCAGCUGCAGAAACCUGCAUGACCCUCAACCCGGGGCCGCCGGGAGCCCUUCCGAACCCCGGCCUGCAGCCGC